AUGUCAAACGUUAUCAAUGCUAAACACUGGCUAUUAAUCAACAAGCCAACUUAUGAACAAUCAGUCAAUUUGGACUAUUCUUCAAAAGAUGCAACUUUUAAAUUAGUUGAUGUUAAAUAUGAUUUAGAUGAUCCAAAUUUAUUAAAAGACGGUGAUUUCUUAAUUGAAAAUUUAUAUUUCUCAAAUGAUCCUGCUCAAAAAGGUUGGUUCUCUCCUUUUAAAUCUUAUGUUGAUCCAACUCCUCCAAAUACUCCUGCUCCUGCUCGUGGGAUUGCUAAAGUUUUAAAAUCAAAUUCAUCAAAAUUUCAAGUUGGUGAUUUCAUCCAAUCAAGAAUCGAUUGGGCAACUCAUAAUAUCCUAAAUGAUUCCACUUGGGGGACUUCAAAAAUUGAUCCAACAAGAUUUGAUUCAUUAUCAAAAUAUUUAAGUGUCUUUGGUUCAACAACUUUAACAGCUUAUUUGGCAGCUUUUAAAUAUUCAGGCUUACCAAAACCUGAAGAGGCGCAAAAUAAAGUAUUCCUUGUGACUGGUGCCGCGGGUGCUGUUGGUUCCGUUGCUGUUCAAUUCUUUGCCAAAGUGUUUAAAGCUAAAAAAGUUUUAGCAAUUGCAGGUGGUGAUGCAAAAGUUAAAUAUGUUGAAAGUUUAGGUAAUGGUAAUGUUAUCGGUUUAGAUUAUCGUUCAAAAACAUAUAAAGAAGAUUUUGAAAAAGCCUUGGAUGGUGAUUUAAUUGAUGUCUUUGUUGAUAACGUUGGUGGGGAAUUAUUAGAUCAUGCUUCUAAUUACCUAAAAGAUUUUGCUCAUAUUGCACAAGUUGGUACAAUUGCAGGUUAUAAUGAUGCUUCUAAAAUGGUUUUCAAAAAUUAUCCAGCUGUUGUUACUAAAAGAUUAACAAUUAGGGGAUUUAUCGUUUCAGAUGAUUUUAAAGAUUUCCCACAAAUUAUUCAACAUUUAUCUCAAUUGGUUCAAUCUGGUUUGUUGGAUAUCUCUAAAAUUAGAGAAACUAUUGUUGAUGGUUCUGGUGAAAAUUUCAAAAAAGUUCCUGAAUUAUGGACUGGUUUAUUCUCUGGUAAUAAUACUGGUAAAUAUAUCACUAGAAUCACCGCUGAUCCAAAACUUUAA